AGGAAGAGGACGACCAAAAGGAAAUUUGGAGUGCUUGUCGGCAUUACAGGUUGUGCCUGAGGUGGGGCAUUUCUUCACUACAAUCCCAUCAAAAGCACAGCAACAUGAUGACAAGGAGACGUAAUAUGCUCAACUCGCUUCUCACAUCAGAACUGGAUGAGUGUAAAACUGAUACCACAGAGUGGUGGGAUUCCUGGAGGACGCUGAAAAGAUGGAACCCACCUGAAGAAGAUAGCCUUGAUAAAGUAGAAGACGACGAUUCAUUGUUUAGUGACACGGAAGUAGAGGAGGAAGUAGACAGUGAUGAUGAUGAGGAUGGGUUUCACGAUGAGGAAAUAGAGGAUGAAGGUGAUGAGGAGAGGUUAGAUGAUGAGGAAAUAGAAGAUGAAGAAGAGGAGGAUGAAGAAGAGGAGGAUGAGGGAGUUGAUGAGGACGAGGAAUUGGAGGACGCAGAUAGUGAAGCCGAUGAAGAGGAAAUAAGCAUUACGACAGAAACAUGUAAUGAGAAAAAUGAUGAAAAUGAGACUGACAUGAGUACGGAUGAGGAUGAUGAAGAUGAGGACAAUGGGAUGGGUGAAGAUGAAAAGGAAGAGAAUGUGAAUGAAGAGUACAAUGGUACAACAGUGGAUGAGAAGAUCAUAGAAGAAGAAGAGGAUGAAUUAAAUGAGCAGAAAAUAGACAAUGGAGUUGAUACAAAUGAGGAUGAGGAAGUUGAGAAAGAUGAGAAUAAUGAUGAGGAGAGGAUGGAGGAUGCAAAGGUUAAUAGGGAGGAGCAUAAAAAUGAAGUGGAGGAAGAGGAAUCGUACAAGAACAUUGCUUUGCAGCUCAAGGAAAUAUUGAGAAUGAUUGCAAACGAGAAAACAAAAGAGGAAGAAGACAAGGCAGAGUAUGUCCAGGAGGAGGAGGAAACGAAGACCGAAGUGGGUGAGGAAGAGGAGAGUGAAGAGGAGGAUGACGUUGAGGAAGGUGAGGUUGAGACAGAAGAGUUUGAGGGGAAGGACACAGGGAACAAUACUGGAGAGGAGGAGGAUGAGGAGGAUGAGAAUAAAGUGAAGGAGGAUGAGGAAAAGGGGAAAAUGACAAAAGAGGAAAAGGAGGCUGAGGAGGAGGACGAUGAGGAAGAGGAGGCGGAAGAUGAAGAGGAGGCUGAGGAGGAGGACGAUGAGGAAGAGGAGGCGGAAGAUGAAAAGGAGGCUGAGGAGGAGGACGAUGAGGAAGAGGAGGCGGAAGAUGAGGACAAGGAGAAUGAGACAGUUAAGUUUGACGAAAAAGAGAGCAGGAGUAAUACUGAGGAUGAAAAUGAUCAAAUGGAAAAUGAAAAUGAAGUUGAAACUGAUGAAGACAAGGAGGACAAUUGUGACGAAGAGGAUGAGGACCAGCGUGAAAACACAGAGAAAACAGAUGCAGAAGAUGAUGAUGAUGAUGCAAGUCGAGAGUGGGCAAACAAUGCUACAGGAAAGAAGAACAUGAAAAACCAUGUCCAAGCUGGGAGGAGAGAUACAGAAAAGGACGAAAAUGAAUCACAGGAUUCAGAAAAAGAUGGAGAAGAAAAGGUUGAUGAGGUAGAAGAAAGCACAUCUUUUGAAGAGGAUGAUGAAACAAAUGACGGACACCGCGGCGAUGCAGAUGAUGACAAUGAUACGGGAGUGAGUGUAGAGGAAUUAGAGGACGCUAAUGACAACAAGGAAAUAUCUGCUGUAAUAGUGAGCACAGACCAAGAUGCAACACAUGACAAGGAACAUGACAGUAACACAGAUGACGACAAGAAAGAGCAAAAGUCCAGGAAACCAGUCAAAUUAAACAUCCCACUUCACCUGCAGUUCCACAAACUAAACGCCUCCUUCUCCGCGUGGAAGCAGUCUUGGAUGGUGGCUGCGGCACACAGGAUCAGCGAUGAAAACGACGAAGAGGACGACACGGAGGGAGAGCAUGAGGAGGUAAAGGCUUGGCAGGAAUCUUGGAGGAUCUGUCGUUGGAGAAGGCCGCGUGAGGAUGAAGUUGUGUGCUUCUCUACAGAGCACAGGCAUGUGAAACACAAAAGACUUAUGCACAAAGGCUUGCUGAAGAAGGAAUGGACUCUCAGCUGGAAGAUGACAAAGAGAGUUGAAGACAUCAAAUGA